GAUCCAUAUUUCACCAUGCCCUCCUAUCUCAUCACCGGCGCAAGUCGAGGGCUGGGCUACAUCUGGCUCAAGCACAUCUCCUCCAAGCCUGGAAACACUGUGAUCGGCCUGGUCCGCGACAAAGCCACGACGCAGAGCCGUCUAGUAGCAGAUCGGUUGACCAACGUGCACCUUGUCGGUGCCGACAUCACCAACGCCCAAGCCCUGAAAACGGCGGCCGAAGAAGUCCGCGGCAUCACCGGCGGGAGUUUGGAUAUUCUGAUCAACAACGCCGCCAUUCUGGCCGCCAGGAGCGCCUUCACGCCUAUUAUCGACCUGUCGCCGGAGGCGCUGGAACAGGAUAUCGUAGAUUCAUGCCGAACCAACGUCGUAGGCGUGGCACACACCGUCAAUGCGUUCCUGCCUCUGAUCCGGAAAGGGAGAGAUAAGAAAGUUAUAACCAUCUCGUCGCUGUUGGCCGACCUGGACCUCGUCAGGCACCUUGCACUCGACAAUGCGACACCGUACGCUAUCUCGAAAUCGGCGGCUAACCUGCUCAUGGCCAAGUACCACGCCUCUCUCGGCGCGACAGAAGGAAUCCUUUUCAUGUCCAUCAGCCCCGGCGCCGUCUCCAAGCCGGACACCCCACCCAGGGAGGACGAAGCGGAAGGACGACAAAAGAUGGUCGCCAGGCUGAAGGCGUAUGCACCGCAUUUCUCGGGUCCGAUGACGAUGGAGGAGAGUGUGCGCAUGCAACUCGAGGUUAUCGAGAACGCGACCGUGGAAACGUAUGGUGGUGCUUUUGUCAGUCACCUCGGGAAUCAACAAUGGCUGUGAUGGAGUGAACGACAAUGAACCAAGCGCUUUUUCUCGUCUAGGCAGACAUGUUGUCACAUUGAGACUGAGAAGCUGGGUUUCUGCUUUUAUUCUCCCCGGUCCACGGGAGUUCCGGUUAAAUAAUUUCGAUUUCAUGUCUGCAUUAUCCAGUUCUUAAUCAGGGCCUACAUCUGGGAGUGUCAGACAAGACCUGACGCCUGGAGAUAAUAUCUCAUGCCUCGAGUGUUGCGGAUGUACUGUAUUUAGUGGAGGCGACUAGGCCAUGUUAGGGGGAAGCGACUCAGGAAGCCCUGCUAAAAGUUGAACACGCUUAUGUACUCUAAGCCUAGAAUGAUGGAAAAGAAUGUCCAUCAUGCACUCUACAGAAA